AUGCAAUCUUUUAUUCCAAAAUUUUGGGAAAAUACAAAUAAUAAUAAUAAUGAUAUAAUUAAUAAAGAAAUAAAUGUAGAUAAUAGGAAUAGUAAUAAUAAUAAUAAUAAUAAUAAUAAUAAUAAUAAUAAUAAUAAUAAUAAUAAUAAUAAUAAUAAUAAUAAUAAUAAUAAUAAUAAUGAAAAUUUACAAAAUAAUUUAAAUGUUAAUGUUUUAACUAUAUUAAGAAAAUAUCAAAAAAUUUUCAAUGAAAUUGAAACGUUAAUAUCAAGUUGGGAAUAUUCAGAGAAUAAUUUAUUUAUAGUUUUUAAAAAUAUUUUAUCAUUUUUAGAAAGAUAUAAUAUAUUAAUAAAUACAUCCACAAUAUCAACAAUAAAUUCAAAUGAAAUUGAUUUAAAUAAUGACUCAAAUGGUAUAAGAAUUGAUUAUUUUAGAUUAUUUAAAGAUUCAAAUAAUAAUAAUAAUAAUAAUAAUUCUAUAGAAUUUGAAUUAAAAUUAAAAAUAAUUGAUAAAUUAGAAGAAUCAAUGAUAUCAUUAGAUGAAUAUCAAAGAGAAAUGAAAAAAGUUAUAGAAAAAUUUGAUUCGUUUAAAAUUGAAAUUGACCAAUAUUGGGAAACAAAUAUUUUUUCUUUAAAAUCAUUAUCAACAACGACAACAACAACAAUUGAUAAAAAUAUAUAUAUAAAAAUAAAUGAAUUAAAUCAAGGAAGUUUUUCAAAUUCACCAAUAACACAAAUUGAUCAAUGGUUUCAUUUUAUUGUUAAUCAAUUUAAAUUAGAAUUUCAAAGAAGAGAUGGUUUAUUAAAAAAUUUAGAAUAUAAUAAACCAAUUAAACAAUUAAACUCAAUUUUUGAAAAUUAUGAAAAAAAUACCAAUUUUUCUUUAAAUAAUAUUAGGGAAAUAAUACCAAAAGUUAAUGGAGUUAUAAAAGAAAUCAAGAAAGCUGGAAUGCUGCAAAAAAAGCUUACCCUUUUUUUUAAACACCAAUUUAACUUUUGGUGCUUUUUUGCAAUUGUUGUGAAAAUAUCUUUUUAA